GAAAGUUACAAGGAAUCCCAGACAAUAAAGAUUAAAGAAGAGCCAAUGGAAGUUGAGAUUCAUGACUCUCAAGCCUCUGUUUCACCUAGCCAAAAUGUCAGUUACAGCACUUUACUCAGGCAAGAGAUAACUGAACAGGUACAAAAGAUCCCUGAAAGCCGUGUAGUCCGGGAGAGAAAUCUCUUUAGCCAAGAUAUAUCUGUGAAAAUGGCUUCAGAAUUACUUUUUCAAUUGUCAGAAAAAGUGAGCAAAGAGCACAAUCACUCUAAAGAUAACACCAUCACAGCUACAACUAGCCCAUUUUUUUCUGAAGAUACUUUUAGACAAUCAUCAUUCACUUCCAACUCAAAAGAUCUGUCUAAUGAGAGUGCUGUUCAGGGAAGGACAACAGUUCUAGAAACAGAGAAGAUAGGACUGGAAGCUGGAAAUGGGUUGCCAUCCUGGAAAUUUAAUGAUCAGCUCUUUCCUUGUGAUGUAUGUGGAAAAGUGUUUGGCCGACAACAGACGUUGUCCCGACAUCUCUCCCUGCACACAGAAGAGAGAAAAUACAAAUGCCACUUGUGCCCAUAUGCUGCUAAGUGCCGUGCUAAUCUGAACCAGCAUCUGACUGUGCAUUCUGUGAAGUUGGUGAGUACAGACACUGAGGACAUUGUCAGCGCUGUCACUUCUGAAGGCAGUGAUGGAAAGAAGCACCCUUAUUACUACAGUUGUCAUGUGUGUGGAUUUGAAACCGAGAUGAAUGUCCAGUUUGUCAGUCAUAUGUCGCUUCAUGUGGAUAAAGAACAAUGGAUGUUUUCUAUUUGCUGCACAGCCUGUGAUUUUGUUACCAUGGAAGAGGCGGAGAUGAAGGCUCAUGUUGCCACCAAGCAUGCAGGUGAAGAAAGAAAGACACCCAGUGACUCAACCAGUCCUUCUUCUUCUUCCUUGUCAGCACUUAGUGAUUCUGCCAAUAGUAAAGAAGAUGCAGAUAUCAGCCCCAAACCCAAGGGAUCAAAUAACCUGCUAGUUAUUUCCGUAGUGCCUGGUAGUCAGACUCUAUUAAAUGCGGAAGAAAAAUCAGAGAAAGGUUUUGAAUGUGUUUUCUGUAACUUUGUCUGCAAAACAAAAACCAUGUUUGAGCGCCAUUUGCAAAUCCACCUGAUUACACGGAUGUUUGAAUGUGAUGUGUGCCACAAGUUCAUGAAGACUCCUGAGCAAUUACUGGAGCACAAGAAAUGCCAUACUGUCCCCACUGGUGGGCUCAAGUGCCCCUUCUGCAUUUAUUCCACAAACCGUCCAGCAGCAAUGGAAUGCCAUUUGAAAACCCACUACAAAAUGGAGUACAAGUGCCGGAUCUGCCAAGCAGUGAAAGCCAAUCAGCUUGAGCUGGAAAUGCACGUUCGAGAGCAUCGCCUUGGCAACCACUACAAGUGCGAUCAGUGUGGCUAUCUUUCAAAGACUGCCAAUAAGCUGAUAGAGCAUGUGCGUGUGCAUACGGGGGAGCGCCCUUUUCACUGUGAUCAGUGCAGCUACAGCUGCAAACGCAAAGACAAUCUCAACCUGCACAAGAAACUCAAGCAUGCGCCCCGGCAGACCUUCAGCUGCGAAGAGUGCCUCUUCAAGACCACCCACCCAUUUGUCUUCAGCCGACAUGUGAAGAAACACCAAAAUGGAGACUGCUCUGAAGAGGAGAAAAAGGGCCAGGGUGUGACUUCCAAGGAAGCCAGCCCCCUGCUCGUGGCCAACAGUCCCCGCAGCCUAUUGUCCCCUCUCUCAGUGAUGUCAGCCUCCCAUGCUCUGCAGACGGUGGCCAUGUCAGCUGUUCACAGUGGCGGGGCAGAGCCAAACCUGGCACUGAGGGCCUUGACCGUAAAUGGCACUUCCCUGUGCUUUGACAAAUAUCGGAACUCUGAGUUUGCCCACCUCAUUCCCUUGACCAUGUUUUUCCCUAAAAACCACUUUGAAAUCACAUUCCAUUCACCCCGACCACAGACCCUACACUUGGAUGACACUUCGCCGAAGCACUCCUUCCUUGCCUAUCUUGGACUAACAGAAAGGGCAGAAACUCUCUAGGGCAGCCACAUUCUGUACCAAAAAUAUUACCCACCCCACCCACCCCACCCCUGAUACCCCCACCAGAUUCCAAGCAGGUUUUAUUUCAAACCAUAGAUCCAAGAGGUUGGCUGCCCAAACAUUUGUACAAUAUAUCAAUAGUAGUAAGAUACAGUAAAGCAAAUGGCUCCACGGGUCUCCUUAAUACAUGGCCAUGAAGGCUGCUUUGUUAAACUUUCAGAGAGAUGACCUCCUGCAUAUUUCUACUUUCAGAGGCCUGUUUCCGUACUCUUACCUGAGAAACUCUUUUGUCUCAUUUAAGCUGAACAAGAGUGUCCUUAAUGGCAGUCAGCACUAGCUAAGAUGACCCUUUGAUGCAUUUGACUUUGGGUUGUGUAUCUGAGCAUUUCUAAAAGAUAGUCUGUGUGCCAUGGCAUUGCUUUUGCACAUCCUUUUGUACUGGCUUAUUUAAUAUGAACUUAAGAAGCUGCCUUAUGCUGCAUCAGACUAGUGGUCCAUCAAGCCCAGUAUUGUCUAUUAUGAUUGGCACCAGUUCUCCAGGGUCUUGGACAGAAGUCAUUCCUAGCAGCUGCUUCCUGAGAUUUCUUAACUAGAGAUGCUGGUGACUGAAUCUGGGAUCUUUAUACGUGCAAAGCAUGUGCUCUACCACUGAGCUGUGGCCCCACCCCUGUGAAACAUAUUGCAGUCCUCCGUGCUUGCUCACCUUGCCUGCUUCUCUUUUAUUGCUCAGUUAUGGAAUGUAGGAACAGCAAUCAAAAAGAACUAGCAUGGCAGUCAGUCCUGCUGGGAAUUUGCUAUAUUAUAGUGGCUAGGUUAGCCUCACAUCUCAGAAUUUGAUGAUCAGGGUAAAAGCAGAGGGGAGAAAAUUACUUUAGCCUUGCAAGGUGACACUGUUUCAUAUGUUAAACUUUUUUCCUACAUGGAGAUACUUUUUAUGGCCAGUGCAUGUACACAUGUAAUAUGAAGGGCUUUUCUCUGUGUACAGAGACUGGGUAGUCAAGUUUUCAUAACUGCUGCUCCAUGGAUUUAUUCAUGUUCUGCCCCCCACCCGCCCUCCCCAGCAGAAAGCACUCCUGUCACCCUUGAAAUAUUACAGUCAGCAUGUAUUAUCUCUAUGAAGGAAAAAAGAUAAUGUCUAAAGCAGUCCUGAACACAUAACAGUGAUGUAUAAGAAGGCAGCUAGAUUUAUAGACAGCAAGUGCGUUUCAUACAUGCACCCAAACUGAUUUUUUGGUUGUAUUCAUAUGACUUGGGGUCCCUUCUUAAAGUACUUUUUGAUACAAAUACCCAAGAGCAAGGUACGUAUGAUAAGGCAUUUGUUUUAGAUUGGACAUCCACAUUACAUUUAACUUGCUGCUUUUCUUGGUCAGAUAACUGGAGACAGAAACCUGAUCAUUUUGCCAAUGUGCUUUUUCUAGUCAGCUAAGAAAAAUACCUGAUUCAAAGUUAUGUGCACUAUUCCAAUUUGAUGCAAGGCCAAUACAGAAAAAUAUAGCAAACAGCCCUGAGACCACAAAAUCACUUCUACGCAUUCUCAGUUGGUCUGAAUGCAGUGGUUAGUUUAAUUUGCAAAGGAAGGGGACACAUUUAACCGUGAUUAAACCCAGAAGAAGGAAUUUUAAAAAGGAAGGAUUUCUUAAAUUCUGGGCGUUAGGGCUCAGACUAAAUAAAGGCAGGUUUUGCACAGUGGUUGAGUCUUGCACUAGUAUGUUUCUCACUAGCAAAAAUAAAUAAAAGUAAGAAACAUGUUGAAGAUAAUGUUUCUUUUUGACUGAAGAAUAUCAGAUUGUAUAUUUGAAAAAUAAGUGCAAGUUCUUUUAAAUGGAAGGAGAAAAAGGUGCUGUUUAAUUAUAGAAUUCUCUUUUAUAAGCCCAACUAUUCAGCUAUAUUGGCAACUUUUGUGUUCUAUACCCUUCAUGUUAUUUGUAUUCCUUUAUAUCAUUUUGCUAAUGCUUACUCAAGUAUACUCUUCUAGGAAGGUAACUUUAUAUUUUCUUAAGGCUCUUAUUUUUAGUCAUUAAAAUGACAUACGUAUUGCACUUUAUUGCAGUAGAAGCAAAUGUUGCAUUCCUAAUGGGUGAUCUAAAUAUUAACUUUUCCUAAGAUUAAACAAAAUGCCCAUGCACUGAACAUUUAUUAUGAAUCACUAUCACAUAAGUUUUCCCCGCUAAAGAAAUAUGGGGGAGGGGGGAUUCAAAGACCUUACAACAGAAAACAAGGAAGGAAACAGCCUAAAUUAUCAGCCAUUUAUAACAUUGAAGUAACAUAAGCCUAAUGAAAUAAUGAAAGUCCACAAAGAAGUUUAACCAACAUAUGGCCUUAUCUGGCUAACUAUUAUAGUAACAUAAAUCAUUGUUUUAAAUAUCCUAAGAGAAAUUUUGAGGCUCUGUUUAUUGCACUAAAUUCUGAUGAAAAUACUUUCAGAAACGUGAGCUGUUCUUUUAACAAAAGGAUGAUUAAGAUAAGGUUGGCAUAGUGUGAUGAAUUGUGACAUUCCGGUGGCAUUCCACUCCAACCCGAGGUGGCAUUGCAAUGCUAUGCAAUAGUCAGCAUCGCUUACUGGAGCCUUCCCCAGCCCUUCAUCAUGCUGGCUGGGGCAUCUUGGUGACGUAAGCCCAAUGCAUAAGAUAGGGGAAGGCUGAGUUUCUGACUCUGUUCCCAUGACAUGAUCAGCCUCAUCAUCCAUGUGCCAAGUUACACUCACCAUCGUGUGCAAGAAGCACUCGGUAAAGGAUGGAUCAGUCCAUGGGCUGGGAGCCAUUUUUUAAGAUUCUGCUGCUGUUGAGGAGGUGGGAAGGCUAUCAUUUUCUGCCUCCUUUCCUUUUUUCCACCCUACAUCAGAAUGAAAAAUAAAUUUAAAAAGUCAGAGAAGGGAGUUCUUACCCAUUUCCUACUUGUUUCUGUUUGUUGUUGUUUUUUUCUGUCACGCAGUCACAAGAGAGUAAAAACCAAAAUAGCCAUAUAGAUGGAAUAUCUAGGGGGGGAGGGAAACUUUUCACAGACCUCUCUCUAGCAUUUCAUCUCAAUCCUAGGAGAGAGGCGUGUUAACCCCAUGGGUAGCCAUACCAUGGCUAACCAGAAGGAUUAAAUUUAGCCCUUUGCAUAUUGUUUAUGGCUAAUCCCCCAUGGUUGGCUGCUAUCUCAGCCCAUAAGCCCUGUUGGCCAGUUAAGUGUCACGUAAUUGCCCCCUCCUCUUUGUCCCAGUGAAGCACAUCUUGGGGAAUAGGGCUCCUGUGCGCCAUAACCACCUCGCGAGUCUUGAAGCCUGGCAACAAAAGAAGAGUCUGGGAUGUGAAAGCUGCCCAGGGCACUGUCCUACGGGAGAUCCAGCUGGGCAACAGUAUGGUGUUCUAAUAGGACAGGUGGGAUUCUGCAACAAAUGAGUGAUUUGGCCAAUUUCCCUUACCCAGAAUGUUGCUGCAGCAAGCAUUGCCAAACGCAGCAAGAGUUUGAUCUCAAUUAUCUAAUCCAGCCUUCCCCAACCAAAUAUCUUCCAUGCAUGUUGGAUUACAGCUCUUCUCAACCCCAGGCAGCAUACCUUGGCCAUGAUUAAAGUUAUGCAUUAGCUCGUAUGGAGGGCACCAGACUGAAGCAACCUGAACUGUGCAGGUUUGGGAAACUUGUUUUGGGAGUAAUCUUGAACCAAUUACUCAGCUACAGUUGCCAUUAAAGGAAUAAGUUUCAUAAAUCUCUGCUGGUGACAUUAGAAGAAAAAAGGCUAAUGCCACACCUAUGAGGGAGCAUAAUAAUUUAGAAUGGUAACAAUUCUGUGGCAAAAGGAAUUAUGGAGAUUUCUUCCUGCAAAUGGUUGCUGCAGUUAACUAAAUAUAUUUAAGGUGUUUUAAGAUAACUUCCAAACAAUCAAUCAGUGACCCUAUAAAAAAUUUAAAAAGUAGUGUGUCAGCAAGUAAGCUACGCAUGCAUAGGAAUGUUAAAAACAUAUAUUUUCUGUAAACCAAAUAGUGCAAUAUACAUAGGGAUUUCAAGGAAUGAGAGUAUUAUGAUGCUAUGAGCAAUUUAAUGCCUUGGGUUUAACCAUUUUCCUUUUGUAUUUGUUUGUCAUAGUAAUGCUUAAUGUAAUUGGGCAGCUUUAUUUAGCACUUUGACCACUGAAUUAUUUCUGGAAAGUUAAUUAUGCAUUGUUUCUGUUUAAGAGGAAAAAAAGAAUUUGAGGUGUUUUUAUUUUUUUAAGGAAAAAUAUACAGUAUUUAUCAAAGCCCUUGCAUACCCAAGAAUUGGUUUGCUGUUUGACGCUAAAACUAGGAAUGCUCUCUAAUAUAUCUUUUGCUUGUUAAAAAACUUAAUGUUUGUACCAACUGUUCACUUUGUCCCUGUUUUUCCCCACUAUGCACUCUUUAAAAUAGGCUGGCUUCUUGUUUUUCAGUUUGGUUAUAUUCUCAGCACCUUUCUUGCUUCCUCUUUUCCUUUUAACUUGCUGUAUCAUAUUCAAAUAUCACACUGUCAAGAUUUGUGUACAUUAAUGGAAAUUUGUAAUGUAUAAAGCUUUUUUUUUUUCUUUUGCAUUAUAAGGCUGUACAGGGUCAUUUUGACAGUAAUUAGUAUAUUUCUCUGCAUCUUACGUUGCAUUGCCAAUUUCUAGUGUAUCCAGUUUGGAAGUAUAUAUACUCGAAUUAAAACAAAGUUGUCUAUA